ACUCUGCGGUGAGCCAGGAAAGAGUCGAUGUGUGUGGUUUGGAUUACUGGCGGAGGGGAUGUCUGCUACAAUAUUCUACUGAAUGACUUUGAACGUGAUGUUUGAGCUCAGGAUGUGGUCCUGCCUUGUUGUACUGAUGUGCCUGAGGAUUCAGGAUUCGCAUGGAUGGUUUUGGUUUGAUGAGGGUGCACAGACACUGGGCAACCUGACUACCGUAAGGCCUACAUCACCACCGAGCACGGAAGCGCCCAGAACAGCAGGUUCAAGUGCUUCUGGGACUGAGGUCCUCAAAGUGGGUGAGAAAUUAGGUAGGUAUAUGGGAUAUGGAGAUCAUUUUGAGGGGUCUACUGGGGAGGGUGGCUCUGGAUUUGGGUCCAAAGCUGAGGCAGACUCUUUAAGUGGAUCUGGAUCUUCUCAGUUUGAAAGCCAGGAGAGCUUUGUUACUGCGACCAAUCUGUCUGGCAUUGCUGUUGAAGGUACUAAUGUGCAUGCUGGAAAGUUUGAACCGGAGAGCAAUUCUAGCCAAGUGGACCUGAUGGAUGGACACAACACCAGCUUCGUUGACAACCGAUUUAAUGAAAGUGUUUCUUUGAAAAACAUGAGCCGUAAUUUAUUUGGUGAUUAUUUUACAGGGUAUGAUAAUAAUAACACAACUCAGUAUUCUCUUGAAUACUCUGUCUCAGAUCAUUUACUAACCAAUGAAAGUGACCGCUCUCAAACCCCACGCUGCUUGCCGGUUGAUUCCAAAUUGCCAUUUUGCUCCAGAAUGGGAACAAAAAGUAUCGCCGUGCCUAAUUUUCUAAAUCAAAGCAGCGUGGAGGAAGUACAUGUGGUCUUGACCGAAUGGGCGUGGCUCUUACAGUCACGCUGCCAUCAUAGCUUGGAAUGGUUUUUCUGCCUGCUGUUGACGCCGCGGUGCGCCCCACCCGGACUGACGCCACCACUGCCCUGUCGCAGUUUCUGCGAAAUCCUGCGAGACAGCUGCUGGACACUGCUGGACCAGGGACGCCUCCCCGUGGAGUGCCAUUCUCUGCCUGAAGAGAAGCAUGAUGGGUAUCAGUGCUUGUCAGUUAGUAACCAGAAAGAAGAAAGUGGAGUAUCUCUGUUGCAGUUAAUCGGUGAUCCUCCACCAGAUGGCAUCACUGAAACCAAUGGCCCCGAUAACAGCCUCGGCUACGUGUUCGGGCCGAGCUCCAACGUGGGCCAGUCAGCUGCCGCCCACCUUCCCAACCCUUUCCACCGUGACUUCUCGCUCAUCUUCAACAUCAAACCCACAUCCACCAAGCCAGGUGUCAUCUUUUCCAUCACUGACCCCUCUCAGAAUUUCAUGUAUGUGGGUGUGAAGCUGUCGGGGGUUCAGAACGGCAAGCAGGACAUCAUCUUCUACUACACCGAGCCGGAUUCACAAAGCUCAUACGAGGCGGCCAGGUUCUCCGUACCGUCCAUGCAGAACACCUGGACGCGCUUUUCCAUCAGUGUUCUCAAAGAUAAGGUGUCCCUGUACUUCAAGUGUGACUCUGAUCCUCAAGUCCUCAACUUUGAGCGUUCCCCAGACGAUAUGGACUUGGACGCUGGUGCCGGAGUGUUUGUUGGUCACGCCAGUGGAUCAGACCCUGAUAAAUUCCUGGGUGUAAUCGGUGAUCUGAGGGUGUUGAAAGACCCUGGGGCUGCUGAGCGUCACUGCGAGGAAGAUGAGGAUGACUAUGAUGCGACAUCAGGUGACGGACCGAGUGGCUAUGGAGAAAGCGAACCACCAGUCCAGCCCACACCUCCCUCCUCACGACCAAUCCAGCAGCCACCGGUGACCAUUAAACUGCCAGACACUAGAAAGCAGCAGACGGGAGAAAAGGGCGACAGAGGAGAGAAGGGGGUCAAAGGUGACCGUGGCUCUGUCGGGCAGAAGGGCGAUUCGGGAUCUGCCUCUGCGUCUGGUGGAAGUGCUAAAGGAGAAAAGGGUGAUGUAGGAGAGAAAGGAACUAAGGGCAAUUCUGGUUUUGGCUAUCCUGGAAUAAAGGGAGACCGUGGCACCCCUGGGUCUCCAGGUCCUCCUGGUCCUCCAGGACCCAGUGCUGAGGUAGAGGUAAGGGGCGAUGGGUCAGUAGUGGAGAGGGUGACUGGACCGAGAGGACCACCUGGGCCACCUGGACCCUCAGGACCUGCUGGAACUGAUGGAGAGCCAGGUGACCCUGGUGAAGAUGGUAAGACGGGCCCUGUUGGACCCACCGGUUUUCCAGGUACUCCAGGGAAUUCAGGACCUAAAGGAGACAAAGGCGACCGAGGUGAAGGCCAACCUGGACCCCGUGGGCCUCCAGGACCUCCUGGACCCCCAUCUCGCUCUGACAGACCUACAUUCGAUGACAUGGAGGGUUCUGGUUUUGAUAUGGAUGUUAUGCGGGGACUCCCAGGUUUGCCAGGCCCACAAGGUCCUGCCGGUCCGCCUGGACCUCCUGGCAACACGUCUUCAGGGUCUGGUGGUUUCGGGCCUCCUGGACCACCGGGGCAAAAUGGGGCUCCAGGUCAACCGGGACUUCCAGGUGUUGCAGGUGCUGAUGGGAAAUCAGGCUCACCUGGAUCAAGAGGAGAGAAGGGUGAUGCCGGUGAGCUGGGUUUGCCUGGACCUGUGGGAGUGAAGGGUGCUCAAGGUACUCCUGGUCUCCCUGGUCUACCAGGAGAGACUGGACUUGCUGGGCUUCCUGGACCAAUGGGACCUGUUGGACCAUCCGGGCCACCUGGUCCUCCCGGCCCAAGCUAUCAUGUUGGUUUUGAUGAUAUGGAAGGCUCUGCUAUUCAAUUCGGUUCAAUGCCUGGAGUAAGAGGACCUGCAGGGAUACAGGGACCUCCUGGUUUGCCAGGACUGCCAGGUAAGCCUGGUUUACCAGGACCUCCUGGUGGGAAAGGCAGCGAAGGACCUCAGGGAAGAGAUGGACGUCCUGGGUUGGAUGGCUUCCCUGGACCACAGGGACAAAGGGGAGACAAAGGUGACAGAGGCGAUAGAGGUGAACCUGGUCGGGAUGGCACUGGUCUUCCGGGUCCACCUGGUCCCCCUGGCCAGAUUGUCUAUCACGCUGAAAAUUAUAAUGGAGACAGGACAGGACCUCAGGGUGGGCUUGGUGUUCCAGGUCAAGCUGGAUUCCCAGGUCCAAUCGGACCCAAAGGUGACAGAGGUGAACCUGGAGCACCAGGUUAUGCCAUUAAGGGCGAGAAAGGAGAACCUGGACUUAUUGUCGGACCUGACGGAAACCCAUCUUACCUAGGUGGAUUGACAGGCUCGCAGGGUGAGAGAGGGAUCCCUGGACCAGUUGGACCUUCCGGGCCAGCUGGACCUCAAGGCCCAAAAGGUGAAUUUGGAAUGCCAGGCAGACCCGGACGUCCAGGUGUGAACGGUUAUAAAGGUGAAAAGGGAGAAGCAGGGUCAGGUUCUGGAAAUGGCUACCAGGGUCCCCCUGGUCCCCCAGGACCCCCUGGCCCCCCCGGCCCUCCUGUGCCCUUGGAAAGAUACAGCAGAUAUGAAGAUUCGGGGAGAACUUUUACAGCUCCUAAAGGAGACAAAGGAGACCCUGGUGCCGCUGGCAUACCUGGAUCCCCUGGUUUUGGAACUAAUUUUGAUAUCUACACGCUUAAGGAGGAGAUGAAGGGAGAACUUGGUGAGCCUGGUCUUAAAGGAGAGAAAGGAGAACCAGGCGGUGGAUUUUACGAUCCUCGUUUAGGAGGUGUACAGGGACCCCCAGGAAGCCCUGGUCUUCCUGGACCUAAAGGAGACUCCAUCAGAGGUCCACCUGGACCGCAGGGCCCUUCUGGACCACCUGGAGUUGGUUAUGAUGGUCGUCCAGGAACACCAGGACCCCCAGGACCUCCCGGUCCUCCAGGGACACCAUCAUUGCCAGGGCCCUAUAGACCAUCACUCAGUAUUCCCGGGCCCCCAGGUCCAGCAGGACCUCCUGGAAGCCCCGGUCAUGGAUCAGGGGUGAAUGUGCUUAGGUCUUAUGACUUGAUGCUCGCCACAGCACGCAGACACACAGAAGGAGCUCUUAUAUAUAUUUUGGACAGAAGUGACCUCUACGUCAGAGUUCAAAAUGGAGUCAGACAAGUUAUGCUUGGAGAUUAUAAACCCUUCUAUGGAGAUCUGGACAAUGAGGUAGCAGCUGUCCAGCCACCUCCUGUUGUCCAGUAUUCCCAGGACCACACGUCCAACAACGGAGCAGAACAGAUUUCUCCACCGCAAAAUCCCAUCGAGUUGCCAAGGGAGUCUGAAAACAGGAACCCCAGCACGCCUGACUCCAGCUACCCAGAUCAACGAUACCCCCCUCAGCCCGAUCAUAGAUACCCACCCCACACAGACAGCAGAUACAACUCUGGCCAAUUACCAAUCAGAUUCCCUGUGACCCCUGCUCGCCGUCCCAACCCCCCUGUCAAUCAACCGGAAGGCCACACGCACACAUCUGGGCCAGGGUUGCAUAUUAUUGCCCUCAACUCUCCACAAGUGGGCAACAUGAGAGGCAUUCGUGGGGCAGACUUCAUGUGCUUCCAGCAGGCUCGGGCCGUGGGGCUGACAGGAACGUUCAGAGCAUUCCUUUCUUCCAAACUCCAGGACCUCUACAGCAUCGUGCGCAAAUCUGACCGAGAGACACUACCAAUUGUUAACCUCAAGGAUCAAGUGCUGUUCAAUAACUGGGAGUCUCUCUUCAGUGAUUCAGAGAGCCGGAUGAAGGAAAAUGCUUCCAUUUACUCGUUUGAUGGUAGAGAUGUCUUGAGAGACAGUGCCUGGCCAGAGAAGAUGGUCUGGCACGGGUCCAAUGGUAAGGGUCACCGGCAGAUGGAUAACUACUGUGAGACGUGGAGGGCUGGGGACCACGCGGUGACAGGCCUGUCCUCGAAUCUGCAGUCGGGUCAACUCCUCCAGCAGACCCCCACCAGCUGUUCCGGGUCUUACAUCGUGCUGUGUAUCGAGAACAGCUACAUGUCACAGUCCAAGAAAUAAAGCCGUCCGUUUCUUCCAGCUGCACACAGCCUCAGAUACACUCCAACAUACGCCUGUAUCUACGAUUGGAAAAAAGGAAUGAAAACAAAAAUGUAAAAGAACUGAAUCUGCCUUAAGAAGAAUUUGCUAGUCGUGUAUGUUUUCCCUCAUCGCAAUGCCAAAGAGGCAAGUUGAACGUGGAGGUUUUUGCUCUUUCUCAGGGCAGUGGCACAUAAUUUCAGGGGGUUAAACCAGAGAAGUGAGGCCAACUAAGGCAGUGUUUUUACAGUAACUGUAUCCAUAUAAAAUUUUGUAUAUGAAUUGUUUGUUGUCUGUGUUGUUCUGUUUUUAUUUUUUGAUGUCAAUUGGUAUAGUUAACCAAGUUUAGCUACAUAUUUUUGUGUAACAUUUCCGAUUAUUCGUCCAAACUAUUUCCAUUUUUAUCCAAGGUUUGCUGGAUACCAAGGAGGCAAACUUGAUAUAGUUUUAGGAUUAAAAGAGAAAAUAUUUAUUUUGCAAUGAAGAGAGCUAAAAUAUGAUUUAAAACUGAAACAAACAAGAUUUUUUUUCUGUUUUAGUAAGCACUUUAUACAGAAUCUGUUUAAUACUUACACAGAUACAAGUGCAAGACUAAAAUAGUUAAAACAAACUUUUGUGAAAAAAGAAAUCAUUAGGUAAAGCGAUGUGCCUUGAAAAUUGCAAUACUUAUCCCUCAAAUGCCUUUUGUACAAAACAAAAUGAUUUUAAUUCUGUCGCAUCUAUAGGAUCACUUGUGUUUUUCUAUUGUGAUUAAUGUGAAAUUUCAUAUGGACAUUUUUUAUUUUACAUUUCUGGUUGAAUCCAGAACUUUUGAUAGUCCACAUAAGAGGGGGAUUUGCAUUUUUGUGACGUAAAUAUUGAUGUAGAAAAAGAUGUAAGCUUCUAGCUGUUACUCCAUAACAGUUACACAUCCAAGAAUUCAUUGUUAGACGUAAAGAGUUGUUGUUGCGUUUGGUGCUUUUCAUUGAUGAAACAGCUGCUGACAGUGUUUGGAGAGAUAUGUUUUCUAAAGACACUUUAUCUUCGGUCCAUAUAGAAUUUCAGACACCUGAUCCACUGUAGUGCUACUGAUGUGUUCAGUACAAUCAUGUGGAUUUCUAGUUUUUUUAUGUUUUUCAUUAACCAGUAUGUGCUAUACCAUGUUCAGAGGCACUGAAUAAAUAAUAGUUUUUAUUUGCCACAAUGCAUUAGCACAGCUUUUUAAACUAUGACACACAUACACGUUUUGUCUAUUCAUGCACAAUAUUAACAUUCUUGACAUCAUUCACAAGCCAUUUCAUAUCAUGAAUGUGUUUACCGUUAACACUGUUAUUCAUUGUCUGAUUACUGAAAAUAAAUACAUUUUUUCCUCUCA